UAUACACUCCCAGCUUUUCUCUCCACCAGCGGCCGGGGCUUGCUUUUCAGCGGGCGCUUAGGUCCAUGGCUGCGCCCAAUGUCGCGGCGGAUGGCUUGGAGGUGAUCUUGACGCCCUACAGGUUCGAUGCCAACGACCUCCGGUGGCUGCCCACCGGGGAGGCUGCCGCGAAGGUCCGCAUGAGCAAAGAGGCAGCCAAGAACUGGCGCCUUGUCUUGGGCCAGCAGAGCCUGCCGCUUUCGGAGAUUCGCAAAGCUUCGGCAAUGGGGCCACACUUUCUGGUCUUGGACUUGGAGAAGCAAGGCCACGUGGGGCUUCGCUGCGAGGAUGAGCUAGGCUUGAAGCAGUUCACUGCGGAGCUUUUGCGGAGGAAGGCUGAUUACGAGCGCUUCGAGCAAUACGAUCAAAGCAGUGUUCAAAGCUACUUCCAGUACUAUGCAAAGCUGUCCAACCAGCAGAAUAUGCUCCAAGAUGGAGUGCGGACUUCCACCUACAACAGAGCCAUUGUGGAGAAUCCCGAUGACUUUGCGGGAAAGUCGGCGAUGGACCUGGGAGCUGGCAGCGGGAUUCUCUCCUUUUUUGCGGUGCAGGCAGGGGCCGAGAAGGUCUACGCGGUGGAAGCCUCGUCUAUGGGUGAAGUGGUUCGGCUCCUGGCCGAUGCCAACGCAUUUCUCACCAAGAAGAUCCAGGUCAUCAGUCGGCCGGUUGAGACCAUCACCCCGUCUGAGCUGGACGGGAAGGUGGACGUGCUUGUUUCCGAGCCAAUUGGGACCUUCCUCUUCAACGAGAGGAUGAUCGAAAGCUAUCUUUGCGCAAGAGAUCGCUUUCUCAAGCCCGGCGGCAAGAUGUUCCCCAACGCGGGAACACUUUGUGUCGCACCUUUCUCCGACUCCUUGCUUCAUUGGGAACAAGCGAACAAGAACGGAUUCUGGAAGAACACCAACUUCUAUGGAAUCGACCUGUCUGCGGCUGUCCAGAGAUGUACAAAGGAGCAUUUCCGGCAGCCCAUUGUGGACUACAUCAACCCCGAGUGCUUGGUAUCCAAGCACAUCGAGACCAGGUUUGAUUUCAUGACGAUCUCGGUGGAGUCCUUGCAGAAGAUUGAAAUCCCGUUCGACUUCGAGAUUUCGCAACCCUGCUUGGUCCAUGGUUUGGCGGGCUGGUUCGACGCCCACUUCGAGGGCAGUAACCAGACGGUGAUCCUAUCGACCGCACCGUGGUGUUCUGGAACCCAUUGGUACCAGAUCAGAUUCUUGCUGGAGGUUCCCUUGGCGGUGAAUGCAGGUCAGCACGUCGAGGGAACUCUCAAGAUGGAGGCCAACAACCUUCAGUCCUACUAUCUCAGUAUCUUCAUGAGAAUAAAAGGGACUGACAUUUCCUCCUCUGCACCGUGCAUCGAUCUCAAGGAUCCGGAAUACCGCUUCUACACCUCAGCGAACUCCUACUGUCCGCCGGGGACUGCGCAGGCGGGAGCUCAACAAGCGGCCACGCCGCAACAAUACCAACAGGCGCACUUUGCCCAGACGCAAAACAUUCUGCCCGGUCAGGCGUUUGGGGCUCCACAGUCUCCCUGGGUUGAAGCGACCGCCGUUUGGGGUGGAGGGCCUCAACGUCCUGAGACAGGGCAGCCAAUGGUCAACGGUUUUGGUCACCGCUGAGAGCGGAUGUGGGAGUUCAGUGCCUGAAUGCUGCAGCGGAGUCCUGCUUUUCCCCGUUCAGCAACAGGUCACAUAGUCACGCAUUUGAUGGCAGGGCCGC